UGGAAAGUUGGGACUAUUAUUAUUGACGAAACUGUUACGAACUAUAUACUAUUAUCUUAACCAUAACUUAUAAUUUAAAAUUCUGUCUAAAAAAAGCCAACCGUUGAAUUUUAAACUAGUAGAAGCAGAUGUCACACGUCACAGUAAUCACACGCCUUCGUAGUUGGGAUGAAAAGUGUAAGACAAUGUUUAUGCUAUAUUGAUAUAUAAGUAAUAGAUUUAUAUAGUAGAGAUGGUUGUUUACUGUGAAAUAUGCCAAACAUCUGUACCAUCAGAUGCUGCAAUGCUACAACAUCUAAAGGGAAAGAAACAUAUUAAAAAUGCUAAAACUGUAGAUUUAAGAGAUCGCCAAAUCCGGUGCAGUGUUUUUGUCCGAGGGUUUCCUCCUUGUGCUCGUGAAUUUGAUAUACAAAAUUACUUCUCAGAGUAUGGAAAAAUCUUGAGCUUCUAUUUUGAUAGUAACAGGAAACAUUUUGCAAUAAUUGAAUAUGAACAUGUGGAAAGUGCACAACAGGUUAUCAAAGGCAGACACCAUAGUUUAAAUGGUUAUACAAUGGUUGCUAAGGAACGUGAAAAUAAACCAGUACAUAAUAAACCAAUGGCAUCCACAUCACAAAUCAGAUCUAAACCAAACACCAAACCCAACAAGAAGAAAAAAUUAUUAGCAAAAUGUACAAGAGAAGAGGAAACUGUAGAAAAGGGGGACAGUGCUAUUAUACAUAUGUUUAAAAAUGCUAAAAGUAUUAAUGAACAAAUGGCUAUGUUAAAAGAUUCUAUGGCUCUAACAGAAGAGGAUUUUAAACAACGAAAUAGUAUUUGUAAAAUGUUGCUAGAGGUAUUGAAGCCAUAUUUUCCUGAAAGUACAUUACAUCAGUUUGGAUCAUCAGUGAAUGGUUUUGGUGUAAAGGGAUGUGAUUUAGAUUUAUUUCUAGAUUUUAAUGAUGAUAAACAGGAAUCAAAACAAAAACAGCACACCCCUGUACAAUUGCCAUAUGUUCGUGAUAUUACAACGUUAAAGAAGAGUUGUGGACCUUUAUAUUCCCACGAUCUCCAACAGAUGUCUCUGUAUGAUAAAGUAAAACUAGUAUCACGGAUAUUGUGUGAGAAAGGACCAGGAUGUAAUGAUAUAUUUUGCAUACCAAGUACAAGAUGUCCUGUUGUAAGAUUUGUUCAUGAACCGUCUGGUCUCAAGUGUGAUCUAUCUGUUAAUAACAGAUUAGCUUUGAGGAAUACCCAACUUUUAGCCUUGUAUAGUAGUCUAGAUGAGAGAGUUAAACUAUUAGUGUUUACAAUACGUUACUGGGCAAAAUUACGCAAGAUAGCCGGAAAUGAAAAUGCUGGACCAAGGCUGACCAACUAUGCUUUGACUUUACUUGUAGUGUACUAUCUUCAAAAUACUUCACCACCUGUAUUACCGUCUGUUAAAACUCUAGCAGAAUUAUCAGAUAGUACAACUAUGAUAGAUGGCUGGGAUUGUUCAUUUGUUAAAGAUAUUAAUCUUAUACCAGAAACACAAAAUACAACUUCAGAAGCGCAAUUAUUAGAGAAGUUUUUUCAGUUUUACAGUCAAACAGAAUUUAGUGCUGCUGUAUUACAAUGUCAGUAUGGUAAACCUAAAUUGUUGACAGCUUUUGCUGAAGAAAUGAGUCAAUCAUCUCAACUUAUUAAUUUUAAGUUUGGUCCAAUCAGUGUUCAAGAUCCUUUUGUUUUGGAGCACAACAUAACAUUGAAUGUCAAUGAAAAAACAAAACAUAAAAUAGUUGAUCAAUUUCGUAUAUCAUCACUUAUGUCUUGUAAUUGGUCUUCUGACGACCAAUCAAAAUUAGUACAAGACGACCAAUGGGGUUUGAUGAUGUUAUUAUCGGAAGAAUUACCACAUGAAUUUACAGAAUCCCAUCAAUCUGAACACGAAGAUAUAAGAUGUGAUGACGUAUACAGUUUUCCAAUUGUUUUUAAAAUGUCCAUGUUAUCAGAAAUCGCUUUUAAACAACUCCAAACGAAAGGAGAUUACCGCUAUCAUUGGUGUUUACAUGUGUGUUCGUUUCUACAGAAACUCUUGUCGCACAUUUUGUUAAUUAACGUACAAUUAGAAUAUACUAGUCUAAAAUCUACAGAUGAAUUUGCGAAACCCAUAUCGGAUUCAAUUGACGAGAAAUCUCAGAACGAGAUGCCACCCUCUUCCACAGACUGUGACAUAUCAGAUUCAGUAUCAGAGAAUUAUUGUAACGAAAAAACAUUAGACGACACAGAAGAGUUGAAUUGUGAGGCGUCUGCUAAAUAUGUAGCAGGACUGAUAAUCGACGUCAACAGAAGUAAACGAUUGUCGUCUGAUUCUCUAAACAACGAAAGUGAGUCAAAAAGAUGUAGAACUUGUUUAGAUGCAGACAUUAAUGAUGUGCCUGCUGAAGAUGAAAAUUCUUCUUUGCUUGAAAUUAAAGAUCUGGAACAUUCCCCAGAUUCAUGCAAAGGAGAAAAUGGUUCCACAGACUCUAGUGCAAAUGGUAAUCAUCAGGAAAAUAUGGAAUCGUCUGUAGCAGUAGAUGCAAUAAUGGAUUCAGAAACAAGUAGUAGAUCUAAUUUAACAGAUCAUGUUGUGGAAGCAACAAACAAUGAUUUUGGAACGUUAAUUUGGAUGUGUACAUCUGAAUGUGCCACUUUUAAUGGAAGGAAAACUGUUCGGAAGGAAACAUUAUUAGAAGGGUUCCCAGAGAAUCUAGACUUGGAAAGGGAGGUCUCGAAGCGUAUCCUUGAGAAAAGUGAAAAAAUCAAAUUUAAAUUAGGUUUCCGAUGUGUCUUAAAACCGCUUGUAGAAUCUGGAAGUACGGCAGUUCUACUUCAUUUUGAACCUGUGGAAAAUAAAAAACAGUUUUCUUGUUUCUACCAAUUUUUAAAAACAUUUGUAAUUAAAAUGGUGGAUCGUUAUUUGUUCAGUUAAUGAUAUUUGUUUUUAUGUUUUGUAGGGAUUGGCAGGGCUGUGUUUGAUUGUGUCAACAACAAAUAAUUUUUAAACAUAUUGGUUGAGAUAUUUUCUGUAUGGUAUAAAAAAAAUAUUAUGAAAUCUGUGAUUAUGUCAAAUAUAUCUCAACCAUGUCAGUAAAGUAUCAUUGCCAUAAAAAUUCAUGUAAAAUCACACACAUUUUGCCCUGGGUAGUCCUUCCGAACUAGGUGGGGGUGUUAUUCAAGGGAAAAUGUUUUUAAACUUGUGCAUAAAAGACCGAUGUCUUUGUUGCAACACGUUCCGUAUAGUGGAUUGCAUGUCACUAGCUAUUUGACAUUAAUACAACUCAUUUACAGAUUAUAAAUAUGACAGAUGUCUCAUUACAGGUACCAAAAUCCACAAAAAUAUUACUCCAACUUUAUUUUGCACAUGAGGGAGAAAAUGGAUAACAAUUGUACAUGUGCUCUGGUGUCAGUUGUUAGACAAUUUCAGAGGCUUAAAUCAAACUGUCAUUAUCUAGUGCAACUAAUUACAAAAGAAAUUUAACCACGAACAAAUCAACAAGAGACCGUGGAUUAACAGACUUAUGGAAUGUGCCUUAUAUAUCUUUAAGUUAUGUAAGGUGGACAAUUGAAAUUAUAUCAUUUCUACAGGCCAAUGUUCUGUCCAGUAAAUUUUACCUGUGUGUUGUACUCAUAUCAGUUUUUGUUGGAUUUGUGAAUCAAAAUAGAAGUGCAUGUUAUACAUGGCAGAGUAUUAUACAUGUGUUUUUAGUCCUACCACUCCUACCCAUAACUUAACAUAAAUAAACAACAUGUGUUUUUAAUCCUACCACUUCUACCCAUAGCUAAACACAAAUAAACAAUAUGUGUUUUUACAGUACUGCCCAUAACUAAACACAAAUAAACAUGUUUUUUUAUGGGGUUUUUUACUCAAAGGCAUGAUUUGAUGUAAAGGACUGAUCUUAUACUUUUGUCCAGUUUCAUUUUAUAGUACAUUUGGUUCAAUACAGUUUAUAUCUUGGAUCUACUUGUCAUUUCUGGUUGGAUACAAAUUAGUCUUAAAUAGAUUGGUGUCAUUAUUUAUUUCAUAUGAAUUAAAAAUAGAAAGUGAGUGAUUUUCUUCUGGAAUUAUAAGAAAAUGGUUAUUAUGUUACAAGAUAAGUUUCCAAAAUAUUCUGUUUUCCUUUAAAGAUCCAAACAAUUUAAAAGCUCAUCCAUUUAACUAUUUUCUUGUUCACAGUUAAAUUAUUUACUAGUAUAUUUACAUAAUCUGUGAUAUAUGUUUAAUUUUUACAAGCCCACAUUUUGAUGUGGUUGUAUAUUGACAUCACCCCUGUAUGUCCCUUAUCCGUCUGUCUGUCAUUUUUAUAUUUCUUGUUAGCACAACAUAUCUUUUUGAAACUUUGUUAGAACUUUAUAUGCUGUAAUUAUUAACCUAAUCUUGUUAGCAUUUUAGAGGCUUCAAUUUUGAGUUUAGCUCAUUAUUGCUCUGAUGACUGCUCUGCUGGUGGGUAUAUGUUUUGCUGCCUGGAAACUUAUGUUUUAAUCAUGAUCCGGUUAAUUUAUUGAUUUUAACAGAUAUUUUAUAUUUUUGGUCAGCUUUUUUGACUGUUGUUUGCUAGAAUUGUUAUUAGCAAUUACGCCUACUUAUUCUGGCUUAUUUACUUUUCAAACACUUGAAUAAAGUACUGAAAACAUGGAC